AUGCUGCCCUUCUCUACAAGCACAGAAGGCCACCCCCAAGGCGUGGAUAUCAUGCUCAUGCACGAGUACCAUGACCUUAUAUCCCCACCAAUCCUUCCGCACUACCGACCCUCGUCCCCUCACUCUGGCAACUCCUUCUCCAAGGUCCUCCUCUACCAUCUCGUCUUCAUCAUUGAUUUCCUCGGCCUCCACCUCGCCCUCAUCCAGCUCUUCCCGUCUAUCGGCCCAAUCGUCCCACAAGGGAUCAUCUGGAUCCUCGCCAACCGACCAGCCAUGACUGAGGCCCCCCGACUCGUCCUCAUCUCCAUCGGGUGGUGGAGGUCUUGCGGAUGGGCCAGACGCGGAUGA